UUUUUCCCUUCCCUUACUCCUCUUUCCCUCCCCUUCCUUUUCUUCCUUAUUUGCUAUCCAAACAAAGCGUUAGUGUGGUAAAUUGCGGAUUGGGAAAAUGAAGGUUUUGUCCCUUUAGUGAAUCUUAUAAACAUAGAUAUUUGUAGUUUAGUUGUUCUUGCAACAGGCUACACAAUUUCAAGCUACUAUAUAAACUAAGUGUCUGCGGGUUAUCUUUCUCUGUUUUGUAUACCGUAAAUCUUGGAUGUGGCAAAUUGUGAAAGUACUUCUGAAGUAACAAGGCAACUUACUUUCUAAAAUUUGAAGUUGGAAACAUGUCUGUUAGAAUUUUAUUUUGGUCUCACAAGGAUAGUGGUUUGGUUUUGGUUCUUAGGCAUAUUGUAAUAAACAUGGAAGAGCUCCUAAUCAUAAAUUAGGCUCUAUGAAGCCCUCUUUCUAUGUGAAACUCUAGUAGCCACCCUUUCUCCUUUCUCUUCGUGCCUCAUUGUAAUAGAGACUAAAUUCUCAACUCCCUCCGAAUCAUAUCAACCUCAUUCUAUUUCGUAAUAGAGACUAAUAUUUAUAUAAAAAAAAUUAUACUUCUUCCGUUCUUUUAAUAUUAUAGCACUAGUCUAUUAAAGAAAUUUCACAAAUAUUGCACAGGUUUUAUUUUAGGACAAAAAAUAUCGUUUACAUCACAUGGACAAUUUUGUAUUAUUACUUUCUCUUUCUUCCUAUUUCCUACUACCAAAAUUAUUGUGCUCAACCUAUAUGGUGCAAUAAUAAAAAAAAAAAAAUAGAGGAAAUAUACAAUCGGGUGUAAGGUGUACCCAAGGGUAGUUUUCUAGCUCAUUAAGUGCACCUACAUAUAUGUGCACGCGAAUGUAUAUAAAAGGUGCCUAAAUUUUCAUGUUAUAAGGGUGUAGUGGCUAGGGCACAUAAACUAGCGACUACAACUAGGAGAUUAGGAGAUACCCCUAACCAUUGUGUUUGUUCUAGAACUACCCAAAAACAAAACAACUCCCUCCUUUUCUUUGUCGUCUUGUUAAAGCCUUCUUCACUUCACUUUCAAAAAAAAAAAAAAAUUAGUAAAAAAAAAAAAAUUAGUUCGGUAAAAAUAAGUUCAAUUUAGUAAAAAUAAGUUUAGAAAAAAAUUUGUAACUUCAAAUAUAUUAUAGAAAUAAAGCAACCAAUUCGAGGAAAAAAAAGAUACUAUAGUGUUUUUCUUCCUACUUUUGCUUUAUUCCUUUAUUGUGUUUGUAUUCGAAGGAGAAGAUCUUCGAUUUGAACACUUAUGCUCAGCCAAUUUCGAAUCGAUAAGGUGAGCUUCGACUCAUUGGCUGUUUGGUUUAGGUUAGGCUAGUUUGAAGUUAAAUAAGAUCUUUGAUUAUCUUAUAAUAGGUAAAUUUCAUAUUUGGGUCGAGCUCGUUAGGUUAGAUUCGAAUACAAUUUUAUAGAAACUUGAUACUCAAUGCACACAAGAUAAUCUCUUUUAGGCUGCCUAUGAUGUACAACUAUAACCAUAAUACAAACACAACGCCUUUCAUAUUUUUUUGUAAUUAUGUACCGUACUUGUAUACUUCAUAUAAAUUGUAUUUUUUUUAGCAAAAAUAUAUAAUGUCAUUUUUUAUUUUGUUUUUACAAUUUUAACCUAAUCAUUAAAGAGUAAACGUUGCAACUAAAAAAUAACAGCGAAAAACUAAAUUUUGACACGCAAACGCUAGGUUGCGAUAGAAGAAGUUAUAGGCAACUCGGUAGUAAACUUCGAAAACAUGAGCAAUAGAACACUUGCUACUUAAACAAAACCCUAGCAGACCUCACAAACCAGUAAGGAGAAAACGCCUCUUUCUCCUCUCACAAACUCUCGCAACCAAUCGCAGCUUCAUACUUCUUCUUCACCAAAGCUUCAACUUCUUAGCUUUCACGCUUCCUUCUAUACCUACUUUCUCUUCCUUCUCUCUCCACUUUUGCUGCGAUCUCUCUGCUUUCAAUCAAGAUAUAUGUAUUGAGGAAUCAGACAAGUAUGUUUGUCUUUACUGCUUAUCUCUCACUACUAGAAAUUUUUUGGGCUGAUAAAAGGUAAUAUUGAAUCUGCCUCACCCUGCUUUCAGAUCAUUUUGGGAUACUUUUUUUACUUUAGGUGAAUAAGAAGAUAUUAGCACUGCUUUUUUGGAACUUCAAUUAGCCUCCUUGGGAUUCAAAGGAGACUACCAUGCUUCGUCAACUUGGAUAUUUACUUACAAUUUGCAGAGUUAUUCAACAAGAUCUCAAAUAUAAGCUAGGGGCAGUACCCAAUUAUCAUUUUCUCUAUUCUCUUCACAUUUGUCCUCCAUGUUUUCCCUCCAACCUGGCCAAGUUUCGUGCUUUUCACCUUGAAGAAGACUCAUAUUUAUGUAAUAAAAGAAUAGAGCUUCAUGAGCUUCAAAAGAAUUCUGAAGAGCUACCAAUGAACUUUGAUAUGACUGCUCUCAAGGUUCAAAAUUUGCUUAAAGAAUUCUCAAAUAAAUCAAAUGAAGAGCUUGUUCAAGCUCUUGAUAAUUGUGUACUGACUUUAAGUGAGGAUUUGGUGCUUAAUGUGUUUAAACGAUUUCAUUCAGAUUGGAAAUUGGCAUUUCUGUUCUUUAGAUGGGUAUCUAAUAAUCCAAGUGGGUAUUUGCCAGAAUCUAGGGUUUACAAUGAACUCCUUGGGAUAUUGGGAAAGGCCAAGCGGUUUCAGGAACUCAUUCAAGUGUUUGAUGAAAUGUCGAAGAGAGGAACCAUAAAUGAGAGGUCGUAUGGGAUUGUGGUUCAUAGGUAUGCUGCUGCUCAUAGGAUUGAUGAUGCAAUUGAAUUUUUCAAUAAGAGGAAGCAGUAUGGCCUUCAGAAUGAUUUAAUUGCUUUCCAAACACUUUUGAUGUCUUUGUGUCGGUACAAACAUGUUGAGGCUGCUGAAUUUUUGUUCCAUUCAAAGAAAUGUGAGUUUCAGUAUGAUACUAAGACCUGGAAUAUUAUCCUUAAUGGUUGGUGUGUGCUAGGCAGUCUACGCGAAACAAAGAGAUUUUGGAAUGAGAUUAUCUGCUCUAGAUGUAAACCUGACAAAAUUACAUAUGGGAUUUUCAUAAAUGCACUAUGCAAGUCAGGGAAAAUUAGUACGGCAGUGAAGUUGUUACAUGCUAUGUGGGAGAAGGGUUGCACUCCAGACGUGGUAAUUUGCAACAGUAUCAUUGACGGGCUGUGUUUUAAGAAGAGAAUUCCUGAAGCCAUCAAAAUAUUGAGGGAGAUGAAUGAGAAAGACUGUGAGCCUGAUGUGGUGACUUACAACUGCCUUAUUAAGCACAUGUGUAAGAUUCAGAGGACGGAGGCAGUCUUCCAAUUAUUGGAUGAAAUGGAGCAGAAGGGUGGUAAUUGUUCCCCAAAUUCUAGGACUUAUUGUCACUUAUUGACAUCUACAAAAAGACCAGAGGAAGUUCAGACUUUGCUUGAAAGAAUGAAAUCAAAUGGAUGCGAGAUCACAGGAGACUUGUAUAACUUGCUGCUGAAGUUGUAUAUGAAUUGGAAUUGUGAAGAAAAUGUUCAAUCAACUUGGGCUGAAAUGUUGAGAGAUGGCAUGGGACUUGAUCAGCGAUCUUACACGGUUAUGAUCCAUGGGAGGUAUGACCAAGGAAGAAUAGAAGAUGCUUUGGAUUAUGUCGAAGAAAUGACAUCGAAGGGAAUGGUGUUAGAGCCCAGGACGAAAUUGUUGGUUGACGCCAUGAACAUCAAGAUGAAAGAGAAAGGUAUAGAAAAAAUCAACGAUACUAAACUGUCUAGCUAUGCGCAUAAGAGAGCAGAUACAUUGCUCUCUCAUCAAUGAAGCUUUGGCAAUGCUGAACUUUUCUUUGGUUGCGUAUAUCAUCCUCCGAUAUACUACUAUGUAGGAAUUUCUCUGUAUUAACACGAACCUUAGGUGCAAUUUUGUUCUACUUCUACAUGUAUUGUAUUUUUUUUUACCUUCAUCCUUUUUUUUUUUUUUUUUUUGCUGUAUAUAAUGACACGAAAAAUUAUUACUGCUGCAGAAGUUAUUAUUUAGAGAAUAACAUAAAUUCAGGGAAUAAAUGUUCUCUGUUUUAAUUCA